CACUAACGGACAUUUAUAUUCAUUCUGGGUUAAUUGUUCAGUUCCAGAUCCAAUGUGUUAACAAGCUGCUUUGGACAUACUUUUUUCGGAAUAAAUGGCAAGGAAACCAUCACCAUUUAUUCAUGGGACAGAGCUUCAACGACAACAUUCCAUAAAGUCCGACGAGUACUUUCAACCAGAAAAACCGGUCAUUCCAAGUUCACAGAGACCAACCGCGAUACCUGCAACCCCAUGGUUAAAAGGAACUGAACAACCAAGAAUUAUUGAACGAGUUGUGCUGAACUCACCAAAUCUGGAAGGCCGGGUUCAGAUUCCCCAUGAAGCAUUCAGAACUAGAGAUCAGCCGACCGCACAACAGCCACGCUAUCUCGGCGUUAUGGAUCACUGUCUCAGUGGUCACUCAUCUAUUGUCGCAGUUAGUCGAGUUUCUCAGCAACCGUCUUUUGAAUCUUAUGAUUCAUCCCUAAGCGCUGCGAGCUGGGCUAGUUCAAACGAUCCUGAAGUAACGAACAUUUACAUGUCUAACGAGAGGAAUACGUUCCAAAAUACACAAGCGGGAUACUUUGAGAACACACGCAAUAAGUCUGAUGACACAAAACAAGAACGUCUUUCCCAAGUCACUCAUGGAAAGACAGGAAAACAACCUGCGCAAGUUUUCGAUGCAGCCGAAGCAGGACCCAGCUCCAGAAGCACGGAACAAAGGGAGAUGGGAGGAUCCUCUCGUAAGGAGACAAUCACAUCAACUGAGAGCGAUUCAAAGAAGUCCAACAGUAAUUUGCGGCCGAAGCAAGGGCUAAAAAUUAUUGGAACCGGAAGAGAAAGCACAUCGGAUGAAAAAUCCAACAGUCCUGUUGGAAGCCGAAAUAUCAAGGGACUUUGGAAGCGAGCAUUUCAUUCUCUCCGGAUAGACAAAGUGAGAAAAGAAAAGAAUGCAUCAGAAAAGCAAGAAAACCCACAGACUCCUUCUGGUGAGAUUGAUCCCGUUUAUCAUCUUCUGCGCUGUGCUGCGAACAAGAGCCAGCCAGCAACAACGUCCGCAGUUUCAACAGAUAAACCUGGUGAAAAACUCAAGUCGAAUGAGGAAACUUCUCCUGCAAAAGAAAGCUCACGGUCGGCGGGAGUGACAUCAAAAAAGAAAAUGUCAACUGUCACGUUCAAGUCCAACAACCCGUUGCUUGAAUCACCGGAGUGUAAUACAUCCCUCAAGCCACCCGAAGGCGAGGGAAUCGGGCCAGCCGCUAGUCUGCAACCUUCACCUCAACAUCCGCAUUAUAGGAUAAACUCAACAAAGCCGGAUCUUGUAGUUGGCACUAACGAAGACGAGUUUCGUUCACAAGAAGCCCUACUAGCAUAUGAACAACACAAACGAACAGCGGCACGUCGUGUUGCUCUGAAAAGUACACAGAAGCAAAUUUCGUAUGUUUCAACUGACGCUCCCACUCUGGAAAAUGAAUAUUCUCUGGAUAUGGACAGUCCGUGCGACCCGCGGAACGAAGUUUCCAAAAUUGUAACGCCGCCCAUCAAAGAAGAACGUGAGUGUUUUUUGCGAAUUACAGACUCAGAUACCUAA